AUGUCAACACCAAAAGCCCCCGCGGCGCCCGCCCAGCGCGCAAUCGCAAAGCCGAAAGGCAUGUCCUCGAAACUACUAACCAUGAAGUUCAUGCAACGCACCGCCGCGCCCACCGCCGUCCGUGCCGCCCUCGCACAAGAAGAAUCCAAGCGCGACGCCGCGCGCGAGAAGAUGAUCGCCGCCAUCACGCCCGUCGGCGACGCCGAGACCCGCUGGGAGCUCAGCUAUGUGCACCGCACCACCGGCGGGACGGCGAAGGUUGUGGACUGGGGGUACAGCGAGAUUCUUGCCGACGACCGCCGGGGGGGUGGUGGUGACAGCGAGGAAGAGGAAGAGGAGGAGGAGGAAAAGGGGAGUGGGAGGAUGGUGUUUGGCGCGUUCAAGUCGAAGGGAGAGGCUGCAAAGACCGCGGACGAGAACGACUCCGGGGACGAAUCGGACGCCUCUGACAAGCGCCAGCGGAACGUUUCACUGCGCGGGCUAACGUCAAUCUCGAACUCUGGCCCGCCCCCGUCCGCCAGCGCCAUGAAGUGCCGUGGCUGCGGCGGGGAGGGCCACACGCAGGCAAAGUGUCCCAAAGCAAAGUGCUACGCCUGUGAUGGUGAGGGCCACAUGGCGAAGGACUGUCCGAGGCCGAGGAAGGGGAAGAAGAGGGAGACAAUGCCGUUUAGUAAUGAUAGUAAGAGGAGGAGGUCCGGGAACUAA